CAACACUUGAAUAUCCAUUUACCUUUUAAACCUCAAUACAUAUUAAAGAUGGCUUCAAACCCACCUCAAAGAUGCUGUACUCUAGGUGUUAAGCACGAGGGUACACCAACUGGAUCAACCAUCAAGAUUGCUGAUACCAUUGAGGCCUAUGUUGCUGAGCCUAAAGAAAAGGUUCACAAGGAUACUGCCAUUCUCUACCUUCCAGAUGUUAUUGGUAUCUGGCAAAACUCCCAAUUGAUGGCUGAUCAAUUCGCCGCCAACGGUUACUACACCAUCAUCCCCGAUCUCUUCAACGGCGACCCAAUGCCUCUUAAUCGUCCUGAAGGCUUCGACAUCAUGCAGUGGUUAACCAAGGGUUCUGAUGGAAACAACCCACAUACAUUUCCACAAGUUGAUCCUAUCGUUCAAAAGUCCAUUGAAUUCUUGAAGUCUAAGGGAUACACCAAGAUUGGAGCUGUCGGAUACUGUUUUGGUGCUAAAUAUGUCGCUCGAUUUUUGGCUGAAGGAAAGGGUAUUGAUGUGGGAUAUGUUGCUCAUCCUUCUUUCGUCGAAGAAGAGGAACUCCGCGCAAUCAAGGGGCCCUUCUCCAUCGCAGCCGCUGAAACCGAUGAAAUUUUCCCAUCCGAAAAACGUCACAAAUCAGAAGAAAUCCUCAAGGAGAUCGGUGCUACUUAUCAAAUCAAUUUGUACAGUCAAACCGUCCAUGGUUUCUCGGUUAGAUGUGAUUUGAGCAAGAAGGUAGAGAAAUAUGCCAAGGAACAGGCUUUCAUCCAGGCCGUGACUUGGUUUGAUGAGCAUUUGAUUUAGAGAAAGCGAGAAUGAGGUUGAGGAUGAAAAUGUGAGAGUAAGGAGGGUACACGAGUGAAAGAAGUAACGGGGAGGAGAAAUCCUCAGAGGAAGUUGUACGCGAGUUUCUGAAGAAGAGGGGCGUAUAUAAACGCGAAUAAAUGAACAUUG